GCUUGACAGCCCACUUUCGACCAUCACCACCGCCAUAACCCGGGGACAAUAGCCUACGUCUGGAACGAAAGACCGUAACGUUCCACAUUCAUCAAAUCUUUCGUCAUCAACAAACGACAACUGCAUUACAGAUCAGCAUGGCUCUCCGCUUCGUUCCUUCCAAGGCGCACGCCACCUCUACGCAGCUUGAGACCUCGGCGCCCUCCGCCCCCGGUGUCCAUGACAACCUCCGUUUCCGCCUCGCACAAACAUCGGCCGCGCCUUCGUCCACGAAGUCGGUCGAGCUCCAGUCCGCACAUCCCCUCGAGGCCCGCCUCGUGCAGUGGCGCGAGACGCAGGACCGCAUGAAGAUGGAGAUGCUAAGGCGACAGUUCGGCAUCGCAGAGCCGGUGAGGAGGGGCAUGGAGCUCAAGAUUGCGUCGGCGGGCGAGUGGCGGCCGGCUGCGCUCGGUGGCUCGAGCGGAGUGCACAAGGAUAUUCUCGAGGGCCGAGACUGCGAGAUUGGCUGGGAAGAUGUCUUCAAAGGCUCCGAGCUUCGCCAGGUGCCCGACUUCCACACAGAGAUCGAGCACAAGAUGAAGAUGAACUGGUAGAGAGAAGUGGUUUGCCCGUGAGGCAGGCAUGCAUGGCAUUGGAAGGACCGUGUCAAGCAGCAGAGCCUGCACAAGAUCUGACGAUGACUUCUGAGUCGAUCAUCUCAUGCGUUUGCGGAUGCGCACGGCGUUGGCCUAGAUCACGGCUCGAUUGAACGAACGAUUGCAAUGACAAACAUUUCACAAGACAGCACUUUCUCCUCUGCUAGCUCUACAGAUGCAGACAAAUACGUGUCG